CCAUCCACCGUUUGGGUUUUUGUAAAAAACAACAAAAAGAGAAGGUGAAGAAAAGCCAAACACAAAGCCACCUGUUUCUCUCGUAGAAACCCACCACAAUCUUGUGAUCAAAUUGCUCAAAAAACCUUCUUUUUUGAGCAAUUUAAUCUUAAUUUCUUUCUUUUUUUGAUUUGAUUUUGGUUUUUAGCAAAUGGGUAUUAUCUUUAUGGGUUUUAUUCAUGCUUAUAUAGAGUAAAAAUCCUUUCUUUUUUGAUCAUUUUACAAAAUCUGCACAAGCACCAUCGGUUCUUUCCUGCUUUCUUCAUCCCCAAAUUUGAAUUUUUUAGUAAAUAUAUAUCUUUUUGUUUCUGGGUUUUUUAAUUUGAGGGGUUUUGAUUCAGUUUUGUUGAUAAAGAUUUAAUUUUUUCAACAACCCAUGGCUGCUGGCCCUGAAAUUUCUGUUGAAUCAGUAGCAACAAUAACAUCACCUACUGUGGGUGAAAAUGAGGUUUCUGCCGUCAAGAAUCUUGAUAGUGAGAGUGUUAAUUUGGUGAAUUCUGAUGAGAAUAAUGAGUCCAAAAAAGGGUCUGAUUCUGAUUUGAAAUCAGAAACCAAAAUGAAAGAAUUUGUUGAUAUGUUGUCAUCUUUGAAAUUGAAUCCUAUGGCUAAGGAGUUUUUUCCAUCUUAUCAUUCACCCAUUGAUCACAACCGUGAUCAACCUGAGGUUAAUUACUUUGUGCAGCCUGCUUAUGUCAAGAAUUAUCCAGAAAAUGCGAUCGAAGGGUACCCGAAUAACCGAAGGAGGAGGAAUAACUAUAGCAACACCCGAAGGCUAUCCAAUGGCAGGGCUCUCAGAGCUCAACGAGAAGAUAGCAUCAAGAGAACUGUGUAUGUCUCUGACAUCGAUCACAAUGUCACCGAAGAGCAACUUGCUGCUUUGUUUACCAGCUAUGGACAUGUUCUGGACUGUCGAGUUUGUGGUGAUCCACAUUCACGCCUGCGGUUUGCAUUCGUUGAAUUCGGUGAUGAGAACUCUGCAAGAGCGGCACUUAAUCUUGGUGGUACAAUGCUUGGUUUCUCCCCAAUUACUGUUUUGCCCUCGAAAACCGCCAUCCUUCCUGUGAAUCCAACUUUCCUUCCCAGGUCAGAGGAUGAGAGAGAGAUGUGUGCAAGAACGGUCUACUGUACAAAUAUCGACAAGAAGGUUUCUCAAACCGAGGUCAAGAAUUUCUUCGAAACAAGAUGCGGCGAGGUUUCUCGCCUGAGGCUUUUGGGGGAUAAUGUUCAUUCAACCCGCAUUGCUUUUGUUGAGUUUGUGAUGGCAGAAAGUGCAAUUAUGGCACUUGAUUGCUGUGGCCAGCCGCUAGGAUCGCAACCAAUCAGGGUGUCUCCUUCAAAGACUCCAGUGAGGCCGCGGGUCACUCGCCCGCUUUCAACCAACUAAAUUCAGUUGCUUGAAUCCGGCAUCUAUGCAUCCAUGAGGGAGCCUUUGUUCUCGUUAAUUUGGCGAUGUUUUUUUUUUUCUUUUUUUGGGGUGGGUCAUAACUCAUAACUAUAGUAGCGUAAUGAAGUUGUGUAGCCUGAAAGCUGAGAGCUUGCUUGUGUCGUGUUGCACGAGCUUCUUAAUGCUUGUGACGAUCAUGGUUGUUAGUUUUCGAUUUCUGGGUCGUGGAUGGUCAUGUAGUUUGGGUUGUUUAUGAUGUCUGAUAUAGGAUUUUGUGAAUGUUGCUAUA